AUGGAAAACGAUCAAAAAUCAACGCAGCCGUCGGGCUCUCCUUCCAGAGGAAACACGGCUCACCCACCGACACCGACUUCGGUCCCUCUUACGGGGCCGGAGGCGCCACAUCCAGGGCGUGGUGAUGCUUCAGGGCCUCCUUCCCAAAGGACGGUCCGAAGUUCACAGAACUCUGGAAACACUCGGGGCCACAGUAGAACAUGUGGCUCCCGCAAAAGAAGACGCCACCGUGAAGCCAGGGAACUGGCUGCGUGCACCCAGGGCCCACCUUUGAGUGAGGUCCGGGAUGGCACACCGGCAAAUCGUCCCACUACGGCUACGCUAGUCCCAUCUACGUCGGAUGAAAGCUCGCCGGGCCCCUCGAGGUUGGGUACGGUACCGUCUGGACUACCGAGGGCGUCGGUCUUCUCUCGGACACCGGCUGGCAGGGCUGCAAGGUCCCUUAUUGGCACCUCUUGUGCCAAAAUUGGGGCCCCUGGUCCGCGGGCUGGGGACAGAAGGAGACCACACACCAGCGGCUCAGGUCAACCCAAGGUCCUCUUCCACCUGGUUCCACGAUCCAGCAAACGAUCAAGAAGAUCGGAUUCUACUCCUCCGAACUCUGGUAAAACCUUGAAGAGAUCCAAGAGGACGGCAACCCAUCAUGGGUCCAAGGUCAUCCCAGGCACAAGUUAUGCCAAUGCUACCUCAGGGCCCAGCGAACUACAGCUGGCCAUAAUGAGAGCGGGCAGACCAGAGGAUGAGUUCGACCAGUCCGACGUCCUUGAUUUCUCGGACGCAGUUGGGGACUUGAUCGCGGGGAUCCAAACGGAAGUCCGCAUACCGAGGCUCCAAACUCACUCGGUGGGGGGCCGUCUGGUUGUAACAGCAGCCGACGAGUUCUCCCUAGCGUAUCUUAGAGAAACCAUCGGCACCAUCCGACCAUGGAAGGAUGUCGAACUGGUUGCAGUUCCCGUCCAGGCACUGCUACGUCACCUGAGGGUCCACAUUCGGAUUCCUGGCCGUAGACACCAGAGCAAUCAGGAGACUCUGACAGCUCUCGAACGAGCCAAUAAAGGCCUCUCCACUAGAUGGUGGAGGGUCUUCAGCAGAGCAGUGGAAAACCGAGGUCUCCGCCUCACUGUGGGGGUAGACGAGGAGGCCUUAGUUUUUCUGAGGACCCUCAAUCUGCAACCGUACAUGAAGGCGGUGAGGGCCCAGGUUACUCCUCUGGAUAAGGGUGGGGUGGAAGGCACUGUACCAGACAGGCCUAUACGAACCACAGAAGAGUCCCCCAUCAGCAAUAGCCCGCUUCUGAGGGAUCUCAUAUCAACCAUCUCCACUGACCCAGUGGCAAUGGAGACUACGGAGGAGGCUGCUUCCACACCUUUUCCCGGGGCGGCGGGGGCUCCUACUGGCCUGGCCGAUUCGGUUGAUCGGAUAGACACCGAGGAGGAUCGUGUGAAGGUUGUCGAGAGAGCUAAUACUGCUUUGCCAGGAUCUCCUCAGACUCAGAGCACUGCUAAAAUAACGAUUGAAAGCAUCUAUUUGAAACUGCCGCAUCUUACACCCAACGAUGACAUAAAGUUGCAGUUGUUGACACGUAUCAAGGCAGAUGAGUCUAUGAUGAUACCGUUCCGUCGAUGGGAAUUGCACGAGCUACCAGCACUCACACAAGGAUCCACCAUAGAAAUCUGGUCGGUCAAGACGUGUUCUGCAUUAGAGAGUCCCAGAUAUGUUAUAGUAUUUUUCCAAACGAAAAAAGCCGAUAAUUUGCAUGAAGACGUCACCGUGUUCGAUAAUGCCAACAUCAAAUCCAUACGAUUGGCUCUGAAUAGCGACUAUUAUCCGCAAGAAAGAAUGCUAUUGGACUUUUCCAAAGACCAAUAUGCCGACGCUCACUUCAACUAUACAGAGUUCAACAAGAGCUAUCAUAACUGUCAACAAAAACGCUCUCUAGUGGAUUUCAAUGAAUUCAAAACCCGACCAAUGUUUGUUAUCGAUUGCUCGAGGCGCCAUCUAGGCAUGAAGUCGUCUACAGUUGACAUAAAGUUGGACAUUGAAGCGACGACAGGUUUCCCUCCCGACACCAAAGCCUAUUGCAUCAUCGUUCACGACCAAAUCAUAGAACACCUCCCACUCAGCGAAAUUGUUCGAAAUAUCACCUAG